GCAGUGUGGCAGCAUUGUGAUUGUACAGCGCUUUUUCUGCGAUUUUUGUUAUAAAUGGAUCCUGAGCAGCUGACGACCUUAUUGAUGAAUGUUGCCAGCACAUCGCACUUGGCAGUGGAGCUAUUCCUUCAGCUGCAAAGUGACAGUGACAGUGACAGUGACAGUGAGAGUGAGGAGUCAGACGAUGAUAUUGAAUCGCCUCACUGUGAAGACAGUACAUUGCUUGUGGCAGUAACAGACGUGCUCAGCUCCGUGGACCGGCGUGUUUGGGCUCGGGAAACCAGCACUCAGUGGUGGGAUCAAAUCAUCCUGCAAGCCUGGGAUGACGAGCAGUGGCUGCAGAACUUUCGGAUGAGAAAAGCCACUUUCAUGGCACUGUGUGCUGAGCUCGCCCCUACCCUGCGGCGCAGGGACACGAGAUUGAGAGCUGCCCUGCCUGUGGAGAAGCGGGUGGCUAUUGCAAUCUGGAAGCUGGCAACUCCAGACUGCUUCAGAUCGGUGGCGAACCAGUUUGGAGUGGGAAAGUCCACCGUUGGAAUGGUGCUGAUGCAAGUUUGCAGGGCCAUUAAUCGCACCCUGCUAAGAAGAACCGUGACUCUUGGGAACGUGCAGGACAUUGUGGAUGGCUUUGCACAAAUGGGGUUCCCUAACUGUGGAGGGGCAAUAGAUGGGACGCAUAUUCCUAUUCUGUCACCACCCCACCUGGCAUCAGAGUACGUUAAUCGCAAGGGGUAUUUCUCCGUGGUUCUGCAAGCGCUUGUGGAUCACCGUGGGCGUUUCACUGACAUUUUCUCAGGAUGGCCUGGAAAGGUGCACGAUGCACGCAUCUUUAGGAACAGUUCCCUGUUCAGGAGGCUGAGGGCCGGGACUUUUUUCCCAGACCGCAAGAUCACAGUAGGAGAUGUCGAAAUGCCCACUAUGAUCCUUGGAGACCCCGCUUACACCUUAAUGCCCUGGCUCAUGAAACCAUAUACAGGGAAGCUUGACAGGAGCAAGGACCGGUUCAACUACAGGCUGAGCCGGUGCCGAAUGACUGUGGAGUGUGCUUUUGGCCGUUUAAAGGGCCGCUGUGGAUCUCUUUAUGGGAAGCUAGACUUGGGGGAAAGCAGCAUCCCUGCGGUUAUAUCCGCGUGCUGUACCCUCCAUAAUAUUUGUGAAGGGAAGGGUGAAACAUUCAGUCAGGAAUGGACCUCCGAGGUUCAAUGCCUGGAGGCUGAAUUUGCACAGCCAGAGAGCAGGGCUACUAGAGAGGCCCAGCACAGGGCUACAAGGAUUAGGGAUGCCUUGAGGGAGGAAUCUGAGGCUGAAGGCCAACAGUAAUGUUUGGUGCCCUGCACGGAAGUGAAGUGCAGUGGUUACAAUGAUUUACAGUGCUUGUUUUUUCCUUGGGGUAUGGUAUCUUUCACUUUCUGCAAUAACAAAAACUGUUUUAAAAGCCACAAAUUCAUUUAUUGAAAAGAAAGUAAGUAAAAAGGCAGGGGGGUGGGGUGGUGAACUGUACAGUCAGAGGUUUGAAUAUGUCCUGCCUGGAGUGCUGUGCAAUGACUGCUGCACUUCAGGAUGAAAAUGCUGCAUGGUGAUGGGGGUUGAGUGCAGAGGGUAAGGGUCGUAGUUCUCAGGGCUGGUGGGUGAACGUACAGGUGUUGGGGGAAGCUGGUGGUGGUAAGAACUUGGAUGCUGGAGAAGGGGGUUUUGAGCUGACAUUGGGGCACAAGGGAGAGAGGUUUGGGACGGGGGGGCGGGGGCGGCACAGUAGUGCUUUGCCUGCAUGGCUACGAGUGACUGGAUACAGUCCGUUUGGCGCACCAGGAGGCUUAUCAGCUGCUUCGUGCUUUUCUUCUUAGCCAAUUCCUUUCUCCUGCUUUCUCUUUCCCUCCAGUGCUGUAUUUUUUCUCUCCAAUCCUGCAGCUUCUUAUUCUCUCUGGCAGACUGAUUCAUAACUGCUUUCACCAUAUCUUCUUUGCUUUUUCGUGGCUUUCUCCUCAGAUUUUGUAGCUUUUCAGCAGUCUCUGAUACGGCCAGUCGAGUAAUAGUAGUAUUUGACUUACUUUGCUCUCUUGGCCAUCUCAUUGCCAUCCCAGCGUGGGCUGUAAGGGUAGUUUUUCUGGGCCUGGGAAUACAG